AUGCAGAAAGAACGCGCAAUCAUAUAUGUUAUUGCAGAGGGCUCAAGGAACUUACUUGGCAAAGACACCGCUUGUAAAUUGGGUGUCCUAAAAAUUGGUUUCGACGUCAACCAAAUUAGGAACGAGUGCUUUCCCAAGCUUAAGGAUGUGUUGGUAGAAAUUCCUAUCGAUGAUACUAAAAAACCUGUUUCACAACCAUAUCGUCGCAUACCAAUACCGAUGGAAGAAAAGGUACAAAUGAAAAUAAAGGAGUUACUGGACGGUGACAUAAUAGAAGAAGUACGGGAACCUUCGAAAUGGAUAUCGCCAAUAGUACCUAUUCUUAAAGAUAACGGUGAAUUGCGUUUGUGCGUAGAUAUGAGACGUGCCAAUAUGGCAAUUAUGAGAGAAAAUCACCCUUUACCUUCAAUGGAGCAUCUCUUACCAAAGAUAAGGAAGGCACAAUAUUUUACGAAGUUGGACAUAAAAAAUGCGUUCCAUCAGGUGGAAUUACACCCUGACUCCAGAUAUAUAACUACCUUCAUUAGCUCCAAAGGUCUUUACCGAUACAAACGCUUGAUGUUCGGUAUAACAUGUGCUCCCGAAUUGUUUCAAAAAAUAUUAGAAAAAAAUACUCCUUGA